CUCUGGAGUUGUUGAGUUCAAUCCGUGAGGGUGACACGUCUACUUGGGGUUAGAUAUUUUCUUAUUUGAUUCGACUACUGAAGAUCAGGAAUGACUCAAGAAACUAUUGAGAGCGAGACAGACGAAUUCUGUAGAGAAAAUAUGGGGGAUAUGGUUCAUAGACUGAAAAUACGUUGGGCCUUGCAAGAAGUUUUAAAUCAAGCACAAAUCAAUGGCCAUUUGGUGUGUGGAGUGCACGAUGCUGCUAAUGAACUUGCCGUUGACCUAGAUACAAUAGGAUUGUGUGUGUUGGUAGAAAACCCAAGAGCAGAUGCUGGAAUCCAGGUUCAUUGCCGACUAAUUGAGGCAUAUUGCUGGGAAUGUGCAAUCCCUGUUAUAAAGGUGAACAACAGCUGCAAGCUGUCUGAAAUGACAAAACAUCACAUGAUGUUAAGAGAGCCACUACACUGUGUUCUUGUCAAGAACCUCUCAAGUGAUGUGGAGUCAGUUUCCACUCUGCUGCAGUUUGCACGUCAUUCACCAGCUCCUUUACUUAAGAUUACAUAAAUGGAGAGAGAGGAGUAAUGAGACACAGAAAACGUCAAAAAAAAAGUUGACAUAUAGGCAUCAGCUGUACAGUGUGCCUGCCAUACCAGUAGUGAACCGUUCAAGACAGGUACAUGCCAUAACAGAGGAAAAAGUUACAUAGAAGAAAAAAGAAACUGCAAUAAAAAAAUUGUAUUACCCUAUGUAAUGUUAAGAACAUAAGAAAAAAAACAAAGGGCACAAGUGUACCCCUGAUUUACCAAUAAACAAAGCACUUUGUUAAGUUAAAUUGUCAAAUUCGUGGAAAUCACAUAAAAACAAAAACAACAAAAUCCUUUCUGGACCUAUUUAUUGUUAAAGAAAAAGUUAAAAAAGUUGUUAAUUGCAACCUUCAGGAAAAAAACCUGUGUUAAGAGAAAAAAAAGGGCCUUGAUGGAGCCCAGGUUUAAGUGACAUAUCAUAAUGUUCUAUUUUAUCAUUGACUUGAUAUACAUUAGUUGUUGUAGAGAGAGAGACAUGAGUUCAUGUUCCCUCUGAUAGGUUUUGGUAGCUUUGUUAUUAAAGCAUUAAUAAUUGUAUCCACUAUGGAGGAACUUGUAUUAUUAUUCAACAUUAUUAGUGUUGCUUGUAGAUAAGCAAUGGUCUUAAUAAUGUUUUGAACAAAUAGGUAAAAAGCCCACAAAUGACACUAUGUAGAAUUUUUUUUGUAUUCACAAUAUCAUGGUUAUUUAUUUAUCAUUUAUUGAAAUGUUAGGGAACACUUAGGAAUGACUUUCUGGAAAACAUUUUUAAAACACUGUACCACCUAAAAGUUUAAGUUAUAUCUUUAUGAACUAGUUUCAAGCAAUUUUAUAGAAUCUUAUUGGAAUUACUAUUUCAGCAUGCCAGGGUAGCAUGUGAACUGAAACUGCUGGGCAGUAAUUAUUCCAGCUUUAAAUGACUGUGGACAUCUCAUUAUUUGGAACAAUAAACUCAGAUUUAAAUUUUACUUGGAGCUCUAAGCUCAAAUACCAGCUUUCGUAGCCAUUGUUAGUUUUAUAUGUGAUACCACAGAUCUUUGUGAAACAUUUAUAUUACAUUAUUAGCCAUCAGUUUAUGAUCUAGGAAUCAGAUGCUGUCAUUUUGGGCUAAAUUGUGAGACUGAAAGAAAUAUAUUUUGAAAAAUGUACUGUUUUACAACAACUGUACACAUUACACAUUACUGUACACGUACACAUUACUGUUAUCUC